AUGUCGAUCGAUAAAAGUUGGAUUUCUUUAGACCAUAGGGAUAAAAAGUUUUGGUCUGGUCUUGCCAUAUUCAUCGAGAGGUGUAAGGAUCACAUGACUAACAGUGGUAAAUGUCGAUGCCCAUGUGAGGUUUGUGAUAACUUUGAGUGGCAAACACUUGAAGAUAUACGAAUUCACAUACAUGAAAAUGGUUUUAGCAAACAUUACAAGAUAUGGAGGUUCCACGGCGAACCAGUUGUUCUGCAAUCGACAGUAGAACAUGCCAUACCUCGAGCGACAUGCCAAUUGCAUGAUUUAAUCGCCGAUGUUCGCCAGGAGAAUCAUGACCAUGAACACUCUACAAAUACCAAUGACCCAAUGAACACAAACGAUGACCCAAUGAACACAACCAAUGAUCUAAUGAACACAACCAACGACCCAAACAACACAACUGAUGACCCAAACAACACAACCGAUGAACUUGCUGAGUUGCUUAAACUUGCCAAGACUGACCUUUACCCUGGCAGUAAAUGGGUUUCUGCGUUGGACUUUUUGGCGAAAUUGAGUCACAUGAAGGCAGUUAAUAAAUGGGCUGAUUCAUCAUUCGACCAAUUACUAGAGUAUCUUAGAUUUGUAUUUCCGGAUGCUAAAAUCUCUGAAUCACACUAUGAAGCAAAGAAGAAAAUGAAAACAGUUGGGUUAGGCUAUGAAUUGAUUGAUGUUUGUCGGAACAACUGCUGUAUAUUCUGGGGCGAAGACAAAGAAGAGGAAAUAUGUAAGACCUGUUCUGCGAGUAGACGGAAAGAUAAAAACACUAAGGGGAAGAAAGUUCCUAACAAGGUGAUGCGUUACUUUCCUUUGACUCCACGACUAAAGCGUUUGUAUAACUCAAGACACACUGCACAAUCGAUGACUUGGCAUGCGACUGGACAGUCUACGGAAGUUGGUAAGAUGCGUCACCCGGUAGAUGGUACAACAUGGAAAGACUUUGAUGCAAGGUAUCCAGAUUUUGCUAGUGAACCCAAAAAUGUCAGGUUAAGGUUGGCUGCUGAUGGUUUCAAUCCAUUUGGAAACAUGAGUGUAUCUUAUAGCAUGUGGUCGGUCAUAAUGACGACAUACAAUAUGCCUCCUUGGCUAUGUAUGAAAGAGUCUACAUUCAUGCUCACGUUGUUAAUUCUUGGUCCUAGAUCACCUAGGAAGGACAUGGAUGUUUUUUUGAGGCCAUUGAUUGAUGAAUUGAAAAGUUUAUGGUCUCAGGGAGUCAAAACAAACGACGCCGCUACAAAAACUUCCUUCACAAUGCGUGCUAUGCUUUUAUAG